ACACCCACCUCUACGGCCACCUAACGCUAACAAUUCGGGGGAACAAAAUCAAAAACGCAGGCGGAGAAUUCAGUUUAGUUAAUUAAAAUCAGCUCAAGCACACUUAAGUUACAACAAAAUGAAUACGUGGUACAUGAUAGUAGUGAUCGGAUUCCUGGCAGGAUUGGCCACGACAACGUUAGCCCUGAAAGAAGAGGACUGCGAAGUUUGUGUGAAGACGGUGCGACGGUUCGCUGACUCUUUGGACGAUGCCACCAAAAAGGACUACAAACAGAUCGAAACGGCCUUCAAGAAGUUCUGCAAGGCGCAGAAAAACAAGGAACACAGAUUCUGCUAUUACCUUGGAGGUCUGGAAGAAUCAGCCACGGGCAUCCUUAACGAACUGAGCAAACCCCUGAGUUGGUCCAUGCCCGCUGAGAAGAUCUGUGAGAAGCUGAAGAAGAAGGAUGCGCAAAUCUGUGAUCUUCGUUAUGAGAAACAAAUCGAUCUGAAAAGCGUGGACCUGAAGAAACUGAAGGUCCGUGACCUGAAGAAAAUCCUCAACGACUGGGAUGAGAGCUGUGAAGGUUGCCUGGAGAAGGGGGACUUCAUCAAGCGCAUCGAAGAGCUGAAGCCGAAGUACUCGCACGGCGAGCUGUAGAGCUCAAUCUAGUUACUUGUGUAGUUACAUGCAACACGCCCACUUAGCUAAAACAACAACCACAUGAAACGCCCCCCUACACAUCCAUAUUUUUAGUUAAUUUACAAUUUUGAUAGACUUUGAGAGAAUUGAUAUAUUUAACUAUAUAUACCUAAAGAAAACAAAUAUAUUUUGAAAUAAAAAAACAAGAAACACACAGAACCUCGUGCUCUCAAACGGUUGAUAACUAAA